UUGUGGCUGUAAUAACUAGAGGAAACCACCACUGAUGGGUGGUUGAACUCAACUCCUCCCCCUUUAUUAUACCUUCCCAUACAGCAUUGCGGUGAAUUAUGGACCAAAGUGACAAUGACCUGCAAGGCACGGACGGCUCGGGGAGUCUUGGGGGCCCUGAUGUCCGCAGACGCAUCCCCAUCAAACUCAUCUCCAAACCAACCAUCAGGAGCAAACCUGCUCCCCGGACACAAAGACCCAUGGGCAGGCAGCCCUCCAAACCCCAGGCUGGGGAUGAAGAGAGUUUUAGCUUCAAGCAAGAGGAGAGGUUCGACUGUGGUACCAAGGCUGGGGAUGUGUUUGCAAGUCAACGGAGGUUCCCCCAGCAAAUGUUUUGGGACUUUAAGUUGAAUUUGAUAGGUGAAAAGGAUGACAUUCCAGCACACUUUUGUGACAAGUGUGGUCUGCCCAUAAGGAUCUAUGGACGCAUGAUUCCAUGCAAACAUGUGUUCUGUUAUGAGUGUGCUUUGCUCCACGAGAAGAAGGGAGACAAGAUGUGCCCAGGUAUGCAGCUCUUCAGCUGCACAGACCCGGUCCAGCGCAUCGAACAGUGUCUGCGGGGCUCCCUCUACAUGUGCAGCAUCGUGCAAGGCUGCAAGCGCACCUACCUUUCCCAGCGUGACCUGCAGGCCCACAUCAACCACCGCCACAUGAGGGCAGCCAAGGCCUUGGCAAGCCGCCAGGACGCCCUGCACCUUCCCCCAUCCACAGAGGUGCCUGACCGUUUCCGUGUGCCCCCGCCUCACCUGCCCAAGACCCAAGGGCAUCUCCCGCCCUCCCUCCAACACGGGGGUCAUGACCCCUACGGUCAGCCACCACCGGCUUCCCAUGAUGCACCUCCUCUUUCCCAGGAGACCUUCCGCAUCGCCACGGUAACUACACGAGCACGCAGCAACCUCAUCACCGUGCCAAUCCAGGAUGACUCCGGUUCUUCCUCCACCUCUUCCUCCCGUGACCCUCUCCCUCCUGGCCCGGGCCCUGCUCCACCCCCACACCACCACCCUGACUACCCUGGUCAGCCUGUAGUGUCCCACCCCCACCACAUGAUGGCGCCACCGCAACAGCACUAUGGCCCUCCGCCUCCUCCCCCUCCACCCAUCAACCACCCCAUGCAGCACCCACCCCAGGGCUCUGGGACACCCCACAUGGUGUACAACCAGGCCGGCCCUCCCCCGCCUAUGUCCAACGCACCCCCUCCCAUUACCCCCCCUCCAGGACACAUCAUGGGUCAGAUGCCCCCCUACAUGAACCACCCUCCUCCAGGCCCCCCACCUCAACACGGUGGUCCUCCAGUCAACGCCCCCCCUCCCCACCACUACAACCCUAACCCAAUGCAGCAGUUCCCUGAGGACCAGGGCACACUUAGUCCCCCUUUUAACCAGCAAGGGGGUCUGAGCCCUGGGAUGUGGCCUGCCCCUAGAGGGCCUCCUCCUCCAAGGAUGCAGGGCCCUCCACCUCAGGGCCAGAUGCCUGGACCCCAUCACCCCGAUCAGUCCCGCUACCGCCCUUAUUAUCAGUAAACUCAACACCCCACAAAGUCAGGGGCAUUGUUUGACUUGUCCCUAUUCCUCUUCACUGGUUUGAAUAAUGUGAACAUGAGUCUCUGGGUUCUGUAUGACUGUCAUUUCUAUGGAAACACUUAAGAGACUAGUCUAUGGUGAAUGUAUGUAUGUAGCUGUUCACUUUUAUUGAUAUGAACCUUUUGGGCUGUCAAAUGAGCAGUGAUACAUUUGAAUCGCUCCUGUAUUGGUCUCUAAUGGACAUUGUAUCUUGAACAUUUUUGGUUUGAUGACGUCUCAAUAAAUAUUUUCUAACCAAGUUAAAUCAAAAAAUGUUCUCAAUAUUAUUAGUUAUGGAAACUGUUUCAUCCAUAUCAAUAGGGGGCGGUGUAUAAUCUAACAUUUGACAUUGUUUGUGUAGGGAGCCCUGUGUUUUGGUUUAUCACAUGACCUGGAUUUGAAACUUUAUUUAAAGCUUUUUCAUCAAACUUCCCCAUUUUUAUGUCAGAUGGUCCAGCACCAUCCUUCAGACAAUGCGUAAUUUUUUCCUUCUAAUUCUCAUUUCUGGAAAAGGCUUAAAAUAACAUUUUAAAAUCCAAUGAUUGGCCUAAACAUGGCCCUAGUUAUGUGCGAUAAAUGAAUAUAGCUGCUGGGAGAAAAUAAAUACAUUUUGAGAGGGGUGGCCCUGUAAUUAUGUCAAGGACAAAACACCAAGAUUACUUUAUUAAAAAGUAUUUCACAUUUAUGACUUAU